AGAGAUUGAACGUGAUCCAAUGUACAGGUCUUGUGAUACGAGUGUACAGGCUGGUAACGAGGAUGCUCAUCUUGAUGCUCCUCGAUUGUUGGACUUACUGUCAGAGAAGUCAGUGGAAGGGGUAAACAGGGCGCCUAAACAACAGGAUACUGCAGUUCCGAUGCCUUCGCUAGGGCCUGUAACGUGGGCCUUUGCAUUAUGGUAGCAAAAAAAUGUCAAAAUGACCGGGAAAAACACAUUUUUUGGGCGUGUCAAAAACAUGUCAAGACUCAAAAACCUCUCGAAGGUGAGGGUGAGUUAAAAACUUGUCAAAAACUCCGUGGGUGGUUUUUCACGGAGCCUUAGGACUCUGCCUGUCACUAAGUCGAGUCUGCCGUAGCGGAGUUUCAGUCUGUUCUGCCGAACCACUCAUACUGGCAAAUCUGCUCAGAAGGACUAUCAGUCAAUGAGGUUACCGGCUCGAUUUGUUACCCACCCAGAACUACGCACGACCUUCGAGGCUGACCAUGCUGCCCGAAAUUCAAAGGAGGCAGAGGCGAUAAAACAGGCGCAGAAGAAAGGUGCUCGGGCAGUGAAGAUCCACCAGGAUGCAACAACAAAAAAUUUCGAUGCUCCGCUUUCCUCGUACAAGCUUAAAGACGAUUUUCUCACUAUCGCGCAAGCUCUCGGACUCGCCGUCGAAACUCUAUUCGUUCAAACAUAUCAUUGUAGGCUCAUCGGUGGUAAUCAUCAUCACCACCGCCAACAAUUCUAACAUCGCUUGCCCAUCGUACUAUAG